AGGUACUCCUUACGAAACACACAUGACUCAGAGAGGAAGGAGUUGAAUGUUAUAGUAGCUAAACAGACUAGUUUCCAGGCUACUUUGGGCCAUAUUUGUCUCGAUGCAUAUUCUAAAACAAUUACUGCCUUGAGACUAAUCCAAAAAUCAAACAACGUGACAAGAAGUGAAAAUAAAAGCGUGACUAAACCAGAAUAACGUGGUAAGGCUACAACAAAACACUCGGAAGAAGGUUGGUCAAAAUUAGCUUUGGAACAUGGCGCCACGACAACCACAACAUUGCCUCUGUUCGUGAGAGUACGCAGCUGAACGACGCCCUGGACUAGAGCUAGGUCUGAUUCAUCUGCUGUGAUAUUCCAUUUGUUUUACCCAUCUGGCUGUGGUGGAGGGAAUGUCGCUUUUUAGAACUACAAAUGUUUUUAAAAAGAAAAAUAGUACAUCUUUGAUGAAAAAGUCCUAUACCCAAACAGUGUUUCGGAGUGAUAUUGUCGGGGAGGGUGGGGUCUUUUUUUGUGUGCCAUUUUCUCAAUUCCUCAUAAUCUGAUUGAAGAACACGUUUUUCUUUUACACCUGUCAGAAAUCUUGAGGAAGGUGUUUUUUCUUGAAUCAGUCUAGCAAUUAGCAUAAUUAAUGUACCAUUUCCCCUCCUUUUCAUUUUCUCCCUGUUUGGCACUCAUUAAAUGGAUUAGGGGGAAGGCCCUGCAAUAGACUAGCGUCCUGUCCUGUGUACUUGUAUACCAAGCUGCCGCACACUACAGAAAUAGGCUCCUGCCCUAUGGGCCUUUCUGGCUCAGACAAGGCUACUUAUUACUUUACCUCCUUUUAUUGUAUUUUUUUUAGGAAGAUGGCUUGUUUUGGCAUUGGUAAUAAGACCAAAGGCACAUGUGGAGAAGAAGAGGAGAAGGCACGGAGAGAAGCAAACAAAAGGAUUGAGAAACAGCUUAAAAAAGAUAAACAGCAAUACUAUAAAUCUCACAGGCUCCUACUACUAGGAGAUUGUGACUCAGGGAAAAGCACAAUAUUCAAUCAGAUGCGAUUGUUGGACACAGAAUUAACUGCGGAGGAGAAAUUAAUGCAAUACAUGCAACACAAAAAAGCUUCAGGCAUUUGUGAGACAUAUUUCAGAGUAGGAGAAUACGUUUUUUAUUUGUUCAAUGGCAGUGGUGGAUGGAGAUCCACAAGGAGAGUGUUUUGGGACCAGUCGGCCUAUAUUUUAGUGGUGGACAGCAGCAGCUAUGAUAUGGUGUGUCAGGAAGACAAUCAGACCAACCAACUGCAGGAGGCACUAAACAACUUUGAGAACCUCUGGCGCAGAAUGCGGACAAUGGACUGUCCUGUCUUCCUCUUUUUGAACAAACAGGACCUCCUCGCAGAGAAGGUGUUGGCGGGGAAAUCUAAAAUAGAGGAUUAUUUUCCAGAGUUUGCACACUACACUUCGCAUGAACAUACAACACCAGUACAAGGGGAGGAUCCAAGUGUCACCAGGGCAAAGUACUUCAUACGUGACAAGUUUUUGAAGAUCUCAGCCAGUGGAGAUGAGGAUAUGCACAAAUGUUUUCCUUUUUUCACCUGUGCAAUCGACUUGGAAAACAUCCAGCGUACCUUCAGAGACUGUGGAGAUAAGUUAAACUUUUGCUCAUCAUGAAUGCAACAAAGAAAGGAAGGUCCUCAGCUGGCAGGCUGUAUGAAGAGAUGAAGAUGUGAAGAGCCCGGGAGAAGACCUCAGACUGGAUGCCCCCUCUGCAUCUCCUCAGUCAGCUCCUGAGAGCUUCCCAGGCCCAUGUUGGCAGACAUCUUUGACUGAAACCUCAAAUUGAACUUAGAGCAAACUUUUUAGUCUAGCGCUAUUGAAAGUUUCCCCAUUAAGAGACAAUGGAAAAUACUAAAACUCUUCACAAGAUUUACAAGACCCUUAGAUGAGUUCAGUGUUAUUUUUCUCCUUCAAUGAAACCUCUCCAGUCAUUGUUCUUCAUUAUAGAGUUGAGGUUAUAUCCCUAGUUUAGCUCAGGACCACUAUAUCAUGGAGGAUCAAGGUGAUUGGCACACAAAAUACAUUGUCCAGACGACAUCAACAGCAGCCAGCUGUGAAUGAGGUAGUUUUACAUAAAGAACAUGGCACACACAGCAGCCUAUUCUACUUCUGCCUGAACAGAACCGAGGAAGCUGCAAUGCUCUUGUCCUGACCCUCUAUUUUGCUUUUAAUAUCUGUGUAAAUGUUUUAUCUGGUCAUCAUUCUGCAAAUAGUGGCUUGUCAAACAUUUAUCUUAAAGUGCACACAGAGUAGGAAACAGCAUACAAAGUUGUUCAAGUUGGGCAACUACUGUACAAAUGGUCUGUGACUCAUGUAUCCCUUUAUUGGCUUGGUGUUAACAAAAAUAAGAGUCUGUACAAACAUGGAGAGGUAAAGGCUUUUAAAUGGUAAUAAAUCUGAAUUGCAAAACAAACCUAUAUGCUCUAAAUAUCCAAUUCUACUUGAGAAAUUAGACAGACAGUUUCAAUGAAUUUAUUGACCCUAGAAAUGGGCAAAAACUCAACCAGUACACAGUACAAACUUUAUCCUCAUGUGGUUAGGGUGUUGCAUAACAGUGUCAUUGCUUUAUCGCUCAACUCUUUCAACAUGCUACAACAGCCUGAGUUCGUCACUUUCUGUUCUCUUGCCAAUCUAAUUCCAUAAAGGAGUUGGCAAGAGAGCAGAAACAGACUGGCACCCAGGCUAGCUACGGUAUUCUCCAAAUAACUAUGCUAUCUGGCAAUAUUUAUGAAUAGUUCUCAGUACAAAUGAUAAUAAACAAGAAAUCCAUAUUCCGUUAGCAGGUGUACAACAUUUUGGCAACUAGAAAGGCUUCAAUAACAUGCAAUGACACUUUAAAAAGGAAUGAUGUGCUUUGAACUGUACAUUAUAGGUGCAAAUUCAUUCAAAUAAACGCCAUUACUGGGAGUGUCUAGGAUAUUGCGAGAUGUGCUGAAAGAAUAAAGAGGUUGCAGCUGAAAUAGUCUGGUUUUCUUUGUAAACCAUAGCAGCUCGGGGAAUUCAUUUAACUUGGGCAAAACUGCACAGCAUAUAUAACAAUGUUUUUCAUCCUCUGACAGUGACUGUUAAAAAGCCAAACAUAUUAUUUAAAAUGACAUAUUAGACUUUGCAAAAGCCCUACAUUACAUCAGAUAUUGAUAUGGCUCACUUUAAUAUUUAAAUUCCACAGAAAGAUGGCUAGUAUAAAAACAAUGAGUACAAACGUCUCCAGUAUCCAGCUGGUAGGCAAAUUAUGGUGGCAUAUUGCUCUGAAAGAAUUCCUCUCCAAAUAGGACAGUUAAAAUGGACUUGUACUGUCAAUAGUAGUUGGCUAAGGCCCAGUUCUCUGACAUUUUAGAGAAACAUUUGCCCACACUCAAGAAGUUUCAUUCACACACACACACGAGAGAGAGAGAGAAUAAUUCAUAUUGAGAGAUAAUUGACAUUGACUAAGGAAAAUAAAUUAAUUGAUGAUUAAAGGUUAAAUUUUGAAAGCAUGGAGAAAUGUAUAGUGGCAGAGGUGAUUAAAGGGUGAUUAGAAUCAUUUAGUAAGAGGGUUAACAAUGUGUGAUUUAAGUAAUCCAGUAAAAGAGUUAAUGUGAUGUUUGCUUUAAGGUAUGAUGCAUAUAGACUAUGUUUGUUAAGUUUAGAGGAACAAGGCCUUAGGGCCUGUUGGAGAUUGUUAAUGGAAGGCUAUAAUGUUGAAAUGUAAUGAUUAAAUGUUUACAUUUUUGGAUAUUUAAUAGGUAAUGGGAGUAAUUAGUUAAGUUGGAGGGGGAUUAAUAUGGUGCCAAGUGGGGAAUGGUAAUGUGAAAAAAAAUUCAGUUUAAGGAUGUUAGCUUGAUCAAUCUCCAAGUUAGAACGUUUAGGGGUGAAGCGGAUUGACAUGCAAUUUAGGUGAGAAAAAGUGGGAGUUAAGGGGGCUGAAAAAGCACCUUUUUGAACGAUGGCCACAUUAGGUGUUAACCACUAAUGCUGUAGCUUUAUAGCCUACAAUAUAUCAAAUAAAAAACAUUGUUUACUUAUCACAUUUACAUUUGAGGUAUAACCCAGUUAAAGUAACAUUCUAGGAGGAAUCCUUAAGGUGACCUCAUUGAUAGAGGUGUGUUAAAGUAGCUGUUAGAGAGUUUCUAGGCGCCUUCUGAGGGACUGAUCAUCCUGUGGGGGGAGCCCAAAAAACUGUUGAGAGUUGUAGAAGCUUUUUCUUGUUAUUAAAUAAUGUGCUUCUCAUAAAAUUGUAACAGACAAAACAUUUUAUUGGAACACCCCAACAGGGAUUUAGUUAAGGGUGCUGAAGGUUGUCUAUCAAUUUAAUUUACAGUAAAUGUUUGCUUAUAAAUUAUUUGUGAUUGAUUGGGGAAUUUUUAAUAAACUCACUUUAUUGUUCUAAAA